AUGAAACAUAGUCACCAUCUCUCGAUUAUUUUCUUCUUGGUUUUUCUUCUUGCAUUUCGAUGCCAAUUUGUCGAUGGCGGAGCUUCGCAAGUGAAAUUUCUCCCGGGUUUUGAAGGCCCUCUUCCCAUUCAUCUCGAAACGGGAUACAUUGGAGUGGGUGAAGAAGAGAAAGUGCAACUUUUUUAUUUCUUUGUGAAAUCAAACUCUAAUCCCGAAAAGGAUCCUAUCGUACUUUGGCUGAUCGGAGGCCCCGGCUGCUCUUCUUUAUCGUCGCUCCUAUUUGAGAUUGGACCGUUGCUUAUAGAUCGGGAAAAUGAUGAAAGCUUGCCAACAUUGUCGAUGCAUCCUCAUGCAUUUACAGAGGCAGCAAACAUAAUAUAUCUAGAUUUGCCAGUCGGGACCGGAUACUCCUAUGCUAGAACGCCCGAGGCUUUGCGAUCUACGGGCUUGCAAUCGUGUGAGCACGCCCAUCAAUUUGUACAAAAGUGGUUAAUCGAUCAUCCAGAGUUUGCAUCGAAUCCAUUUUAUGUCGGAGGAAAUUCAUAUGUAGGCAUAACUGUACCGGUCAUUGUUGAUUUUAUAUCAAAUGGAAAUGAGGCAACAAUCGAUCCUCGGGUUAACCUUAAGGGGUAUGUGCUUGGCAAUCCCGGGACGACAUUUCCAGCUGAUGGCGACUAUAGAAUACCAUUUGCUCAUGGAAUGGGACUUAUUCCAGAUGAAUUGUACGAGUCUUUGAAGGAAAAUUGCAAUGGAAGCUACAUAAAUGUGGAUUCCAACAAUUUGGCAUGUUUAAAGGAUGUCCAAAAAUUCCAUCAGUUAGUCGAUGUUCUGUUCGAGGAGCAAAUUUUAGAAACUACAUGUGAUCCUCGGCCAAGACCAAGCAUGGAGAUCGAUGAAAGAACUCUCGACAGCAGCAACAACCAUCAGCAAUUUGCAAGAAAUUGGUGUUAUUCACUGAUGCAAACUUGCAAAGCAAACUACACAGGAAAGGAUUCCUUCGAGUGUUCAAGGAACUUUCGAACAUUGCAUCAGUUGGUCGAAGAUUUCCUCAAACAAGUUUUCGAAUCAUCUUGUCAAAAAUUAAGGAUGAAGGGCGAUAGCGCGAGCAAUGGACACCAAGAGCUCGAUGAAAUCAGACAACUUCCUCCAAUGAAGUCAUGUUAUAAUUAUCGCCUCAAUUUUAUUGAUCAUUGGGCUAGCGAUCCUCAUGUUCAAGAAGCUCUUCAUGUCCGAAAGGGAACUGUAGAAGAAUUUAUACGGUGCAACCAUAGCAUUCCUCAUACAGAUAUUUUGUGGGAUAGCACGCCUUAUCAUGCGAAUCUAAGCGCCAAAGGCUAUCGAUCGCUUAUAUAUAGCGGUGAUCACGACAUGGUGGUUCCUUUCAUAUCGACUCAAGCAUGGAUACGAUCUCUAAACUAUUCCAUUGUCGACGAGUGGAGGCCAUGGUUUGUUGAAGGAGUUGUUGCCGGGUAUACGAGGAGUUAUGCUAACAAUAUGACGUUUGCGACAGUGAAGGGAGGGUCACAUACGCCGGGAUCAAGUCACCCAAAGGAAUGCGCGGCCAUGUUCAAACGAUGGAUGUCGUAUAAACCUCUUUGAUAUAUAUAUAUAUAUGUUAUUACAUUGUUCUAAUAUUUGAAAUCCUCAAAUUUGAUUUAGAUGCAAUUUCUUUGUGGGAAAAUAAUGUAUGCUUCAUGAAUUAUAUAUUGAAGUGAAUUGAAGCUUGGG